UCCUCUUUAUUGUUUAUACAUUGCAUAUGUGUCAUUUAUUGGGCUUUUCGUACAAGAAAUGGCUUCCAAUAUUUCCAUUUGUGGCAUCUGUGACCUCCGACAUCUUUCAAAUCCAUCUACACACUGGUGCCAAGACUGUGACGAAGCUCUCUGUUCAGAAUGCAAAGAACAUCAUACUUUAUUAAAAGCAACACGUGGGCAUACAACUAUUCCAAUUAAUGAUUAUCAAAAAUUACCUGCCUUCAUAACCGAUAUUAAACAAUACUGUGACAUACACAAUAAAACAUAUCAAAAUUAUUGUCAGAAGCAUGAAUGUCCGAUUUGCUACAAGUGUAUUCAAGACCAUGCAUGCCAAAUGUACAGAAAGUAUUUUACCCCUCGAGACGGUUAUAAAGCACUCAAAGACGUCUCAGAUUUUUCAGGAUUUGAAUCAGAGUGUUUCAGAUUUACAAUCAAACAUCACGCACAUGAGGUCAGCCCGUGAAGAUAAUUUGGCUAAACUAGCAGAUCAGUGCAAAUCAGCAGUCAAGAAAAUUCGAGAGUUAAGAAUUAAAGUGAACCAUCAUCUUGAUGCUGUUGAGAAGAGCCUGUUCACACAGUUUCAGGACGCCGAGAGUAAAUGCAGUCAACAAAUUAAAGAAGUCAUUAAAAGUCUUAAUGAAGUAGAAUCGGAAAUUUCAAAUUUUGAUAACAUAUUACAAGGUAUAAAGCAACAUGCUUCACAACUCCAAGUUUAUCUGGCGACCAGAGAAAUCGAAAAGCAAGUCUCAGAAAAAGAAAAACGAUUGACAUCCAUGAUGGAAAACACACAUUUUGAUGAUUUUACAGUCAGUUUGGAGAUAGAAACACAGAUAAGAAAUAUUCUAUCCGAUGUGAACGUGUCUGGAAUAGUAUCUGUGGAAACAGUACCAACCAAUGAAAAAUUAAUCAACAGGAAAUCAAGACAAGCUCAAAUAAUUACAACUGUUGUCAAGUCCUUCGACAAUAUCAAGUUAAAGCAAGUAAACAUGUUUGAUUCUGGUAGUAAACAAGUUACCGGAUGUAUCAUACUCCCAGACGGACGAAUGGCAUUUACUGAAUACAAAUACAAGCGAUCGUCUUUCAGAAAGGCAGACGGAAGUCCUGAUUUCGAAAUUCAAAUGAAAGAAAGUAGUGUAUUUGAUUUAACUAUAGUCGACAUUCGGACUGUUGCUGUAAGUUCUGGUUGGCAUAGUAUUGACGAUAAAGCAUGCAUUAAGAUGAUUGACAUAAAUUCGGGAGAAAAGACCAAAACGAUAGCUACGAAGUCAAGGGGCUAUGGAAUUGUUUGUGUUGAUGACAAUUUGGUAUAUUUGGGGUAUAGUCCAAACGGAAUAUAUAAAAUUGACUUAAACACCAACGUAGAGAGUGUUAUUAGCAAAGCUAUUAAUCUUUGUCGAGGAUCAUAUAUAACUAAUUUGAAUAAUCAAUUCUACGUGACGAACGAACGAUGUUGCACUGUUACUAGCUUUGAUACCAAAGGCAACGUUAUCUGGGAUUACAAGGACAAUGUAAAUAUGAUAAAACCAAAAGGGAUUUCUGUUGAUAACAGUGGAAAUGUGUUUGUUGCAUCUGCCGGUUCAAACAAUGUGACGCUGAUAUCACCAGACGGAAGCAGUGCAAAACAAAUACUCGACAAUCAAGAUGGACUAGGAGAACCCUGUGCACUGCAUUACGACUGUUCUACCAAUCGUCUCCUUGUGACUAAUUGCAUGGGCACUGCAUUUCUGUUUGAAGCGAUAUAAAGGUUCACCAAUCAGGUACAAAUACACGGAUACUUUUUUUUUCAACUUAUU